AUGACAAAUAAGAAGAAAACAGCCAAAAAGAAGUCGCCCACAUGUGUGAUAUGUGAGAAAAAUCUGGGCAAAACCAAGAUUCAACUACAAUGUAAAAACUGCAAAAAAUGGGCUCAUCAAGAGUGCACAGGCGUGAAAAACAACUGUACGUUUGCCAAAUGUGAAGAUAAAGCGUCAUGCAGUGAAGAUGAUACAGACUCUGAAAAAGAAGCCAAUGACAGCUCUGACACCAAACCUGAGGCUACAAUACAAAAUAAAAAUAAUAAAAAAAAUCCAAUGCCCCGCAAAGAAUAUACAUUAAAAGAUGUGAUGAAAAAGCUAGAAAAAAUAGAAAUCAAACACAACGAGCUCCUUAAUAAAUGUCAAGAAGUUUUAGAUGAAAAUACAAUGCUAAAAGAAGAAAUCAAGAACAUUAAAGCCAAACAAAAACUACUAGAAAAACAAACAGCUAACAGCAUUACUGAAACAAUACUACAAAAAGCUGAUAACAAGGAUCGGAGACGAAUGUAA